UCGUUUACCAGUGCGUGUGUCUUUCGGUUGAUUUGAAAUUUCAAAGAGUCCGGAAUAGCUAAACUUGUCAUGGUGAUUAGUAGCGAAAUAAAUGAAUCACUUGGUUUCUCAUCAUGGACAAAAAGGAGAACCAUAUGGGUUAUGAUAAUUUUAUUACUAUUUAUUAUCAUAAUAAGUGUUUUGUUUGUACGGUUUCGAUCUCAGUCCACGAAUAACACCAGAGAAGAAAAUUUUGUGAAAAUGUGUUCAUUGUCUAAGCAUCUGAAAAAAGAAAUUGAUUCAUACAAAGGAGUAGUCAAUAGAAUAGUCAACACAGCAGUCAAUGGACCAUUUAAAGGAUUUACUUGGGCAGAAUUAGGAAAGUUUGUAGACAAAUUCGGCAGUAGAUUUGCAGGUACAGAAAAUUUGGAAAAUUCUAUAAACUACAUGAUUGAAAAAUCAAGAAAUCUGAGUUUGGAAAAUGUUAAUGCAGAACCUGUUAUGAUUCCUCAUUGGGUUAGAGGUUCUGAAUCAGCCAUGCUUAUAUUACCACGCCAAAAGGAUAUUGCAGUUUUAGGAUUAGGAUAUAGUGUUGGCACUCCUGCAGAAGGUAUAAUAGCAGAAGCUAUUGUAGUUAAAAGCCUGGAUGAAUUGAAAAAGAAAGAAAAAGAGAUCACAGGAAAAAUUGUUGUAUACAACCAGGAUUUUGAAUUAUAUGAAAAAGCCGUGAAAUACAGAUACAAUGGUGCCAAUGAAGCGGCAAAAUUAGGAGCUGUAGCUGUUCUUGUUCGAGCAAUAACACCUGUUUCACUAUAUACCCUACAUGCUGGAAGUAUGAAAUAUGCAGAAAACAUUACAAAAAUUCCAGCUGCUAGUAUAACAGUCGAGGAUGCCGAACUUUUAUACAGGUUCCAAAACAGAGGAGAGACAUUGAAAAUUCAACUCAAAAUGGAAGCUAAAAUGCUUCCAGAUGUCGAAUCACGAAAUCUCGUAGUUGAAUUAACAGGAAAUAAGAAACCAGAAAAAGUGGUGGUCGUUUCUAGUCAUAUAGAUAGUUGGGAUGUUGGUCAAGGAGCAAUGGAUGAUGGCGGCGGUGCUUUUAUUUCCUGGAGCUCUUUGGUUCUUCUAAAACGGUUAAACUUACGUCCUCAAAGAACGAUAAGAGGCAUUAUGUGGACUGCUGAAGAAAUUGGUCUAAUUGGAUCAAGAAAUUAUAUUAAAAAGCAUGAAGAAGAGAAAAAGAAUCUUCAAUUUGUGUUGGAUUCUGAUUUAGGAACAUUUAAGCCUCAAGGAUUAGUUGUUUCUGGAAAUGAGCAAGUCCAGUGCAUCGUUCAUAGAAUAUUAAGAUUGCUGAAACCCUUGGGAAAUUUAAACGUUAAAAGGGGAGUGUUAGGAUAUGACACUCUAGAGUGGUUGAAAGGAGGAGUUCCAGGUGCUUCAUUGUGGAAUCAAAAUGAUACAUAUUUUUGGUACCAUCAUACAAAUGCAGACACAAUGUUGGUGGAAGAUCCGUCUGCACUAGAUGCUGGAACUGCACUGUUUGCUGCAGUUUCAUACGUAUUGGCCGAUAUAAGUAUUGAUUUGCCUCAUGGAAACUUAUCUUAACUUACCAGUAGUAAUAAUAAUUAUUUUAUUAUUAUUAUUUUAUGUAAAACUUUUACUCGAGUGAACCCGGUUAUACAUCACAGCCACGGACUAAGUCAAGUGACUCAUGAGAUUAGGAUGUUAGAAGUCAAUCCAAUGCGAUGCUUGAAACCUCCUGCGCUGAUGAAAGGUAUACAAUUACGAACGGCCACGACUUAGAUCCGAUUAUAAAUAUAGAGAUAAAUCCUAAACCUAUUAAUAGUUUAAUAAAAAUAAUUUAUACAUGGCAUCUUUUUUUCACUUAAUUGAUCGACAUAUGACUCAUGUGUGUUGAUAUACUUU